GUGGCCCUGACUGUCUCCGAUUUCGAGCAGAAGCCACGGGCUGCCAGCGGCGAGAUCGCCAACAGGGCGGCCCUGGCGCCACAAAACUCCAAUGCGCAGUGCACCACCAUCGUGGUCUACUUCGUCCCCAAGGAUGACCGGGCAGUAAUGGAGCCUGCAGCCAAGAGAGCCAAGAAGGAAGCCGAAAGCGUCCGUCUGCGGCACAUUGUAGUGCGCCAUCAAGAUUGCUCAUCACCUUUCGAUCCUGUUAGGAAUGUGCAGGUGCAGCGAACUGCGCAGGAGGCGGAGGGCAUCCUUCGACAAGCUCUACAGGAGCUCAUCACAGAGGCAAAGACCAUCAAGCUCCCAGCAGGGAAGAAGGCUGCCAAGUCU